UGCGUUUAUGAUUUUGUAAAUAUUUUCAAACACAAAUAGUGUAUUCUGAUAAUAAAGUUUUUUCUUUGUGCUGUCAAAUUAUUUAUAUUAUCUUUAAUCUAUCAAUUUAUACCUGCUGCUUGUUCAAGAAGUUCUGUUGCGAAUUCAGUUAUCACCUCCCAGGCGUGAUCUAAAAAUAGAAUAAAUUCUAUAAAUUUAAAUUGAAGUACUAAGCAGUUUAUCCAAAGGCAAUUUGUUAUCAGUGAUCAAUCAUGGAAAAUUACAGAAAAGGUAAAAAUGUUGAAGAAGAAUUAGAUCAAACCAGUAUACCCAUACCUAAACUACCAGCAAAUCUUUUAUGGAUGCAUGUGAAAGGUGGUAGUAAAAUUAAUAACUUAUUGACUUAUGCAUUUCAAAAAUUUCCAAAUGAACAUCGGCAUGUUGUAUGGUCAGGAUCAGGUUCGGCCACAGCAAAGGUAAUAUCAUGUGCAGAAAUAAUGAAAAGAAAAGUUAAAAAUUUGUACCAAAUUACAAAAAUAUGUUAUAGAAGAAUCGAAGAGUAUUGGGAACCAAAAGUUGAAGGCUUAGAUCAAAUUGUAGUGAAUCGAAAUAUACCAACAAUCCAUAUAUAUUUAUCAUUGGAUCCUCUAGACGAAAAUGAGCCUGGUUUUCAGGCACCCAUUAAAAAAUUAACAAACGCAAGUAAACGACAAAAACAAGCGUCAAAUAAACAUAAGAGGCAAAAUCAACAAGGUCAUUCUUCUAGUAGUUAUAAUACAGAUAGAGAUCGUACACCAACAGAACAAUUUGCAGCAAUGGGUGUUAAAGAUAACAAACGAAAAAAGCAACAAAAACCGUACGAGGGUUCAAAACAACGACCAAAGGAAGAUCGAUUGGUUGACACUAAAACUGAAUGAAUGUAUGUAUUGAAGACAAAGUGAGAAAAAAUUGAAGUGAUUGUCAUUUGUAAAAAUAAAAUAAUUGGAAAUACAGGAAUAAAUUUUUGGAAAUACAGUUUAUGUGUGCAACAAUAAUUAUUGUCUUUUUUGCAAUCCAAUAGACAGUAUAGGAUAUGAUGCCCCCUCCAUACAAUUAUUAUGGUUUUUUUUCU